AUGGGUUAUUCCAACAAAACCCACAGUGAAUUCGCAGAGAUUUUGCUGCAAAAAUCCAUGGAAAUAGCGGUAGCCACGACCGAAACUCAAACUUCACCUGAGAGACCCGUUUCCCCGACAGGUACGAUAAUUUACAUAUUUUUUUUAUAAAGAACCGGGAUUAACGAAUUAUCUACAUAUGUUUGCACUUAUGGAUAUUUAAAAAUGUCAUUUAUUAUAUUUGUUGUAGCGAGCCAAGGUCCUUUGUUUUCAACUCCAAUACGCAGACAUGUGUCCAUGCACUCACAGUUGCCUUUGUCGCCUAUUGUUGAAGGUAGUGAGGUGGAAACAGAGUAUGUAUAUAAUAUGUUUUCGUGAAUUAAUAUGCCUAUUUGUGUCAAAACUAUUAAUAUGUGACAUCCUGACUUUUUAGAAUUGCAAAUAUGUCUGGGGUGUCUGAGCUGAAUGUUAGCAGGGUAGAUAGUAUCAUCAUGGGCAUUAAUCCACAUUUUGGUAUGCAUGAGGGCGAACUAUCAUCAGAAGACUGUUCAAGUACAAGCUCAACCUAUAGCUCUGAUGAUGAAAGUGAUAGAAGGUACUUAUUGUCAUACAAAUUUUACCAAAACUUCAUUUUCUGAUUGGUCAUGAUCUUCCAUUGCUUUGCCUUGCCAAGAUAUAGGUUUAGGGAAAGCCCAUCUAUGUUAUUCACUGAUUGGUAUGGUAAAUUUUUAGAGUUAACGAUAAUUUGAAUAAUGUUUUUUCAUAGUUUUAGUUCAAGUGAGGAGCUUGAAAAUGAGAGUGAGGAGCUUGAUGUAGAUGGAAAGGAUGAAAGGUAAGUAAACACACAACUACACACAAUAAUAUUGUAAUCAUGUUAAAUCCCUUUCUAGGUCUCGCGUCAAACAGAAGUCUAUAUGAAGUUAGCAUCAUUUGUAUUACCUUCGACAUCGGUAAGCAAUGUCAGACUUAUAACAAGAUGUGUUACAAACCCACAUUAUUAGGGCCCCCAGUAGUGUGUGAGUAAACACUUUUUGCUUUGAUUCUUUUCUCCCCUAUUCAGUAUAAAAUAACACUAAUAUAUACAUAAAUGUAAGACUAUGAUUAAUAUUUAUAAUAAUUGUUUUUGCUUAAUAGUGACAGUGAUCUAGAUGAAACUCUUACUGCUUCUGAAUGUGGCUCACUGGGAGAAACUCCUAUGGACAUAAGUGAAUUAGAAGAUAUUGAGAUUGAAAUACAGCAUGGCCCUGAAUCAAAACAGGAAAGAGACAAACGUCUAAAUCAAGAAUUGAAGGAUAGGUUUGAUUCAUUAAAUCGUGUCGGCAAAGAAAGUGACCUACAUAAUGUGCAUGCUCAGCAAGAACGAGUUAUUGUUGACAUAACAAAACUUUUACCACUUUUUGAGGAUAAGUGCCCAAAUGAAUCUUGUGCUGAAAAGUCCAAGGUUCUCAACUACAAACUCACUGGAGGAGUUUUGCAAGUAUCUUGGAAAUGUCCAAAUGACCAUUCUGGGUACUGGGUGUCCUCACAAGUGCUCUGCCAAAAGAAUGGCCAAGACAUCUUUUCCACAAGUUUGCUACUGGCCCUUGGCUUGGUACUUUCUGGAGGCCAUUAUGACAAGCACAUGCUUUUCAGUAAGUUUUUAGGUUUGAAUUUCAUUUCAAGACAAACAUUUAAUAGGAUGCAAAGGCACUAUAUAAUCCCUUCCAUUACAUCCUUUUGGGAGGAUAUGAAAAGUGAAAUAUGGAAAGUAUUGACCAACGAGCAGCUUAUUUUGUGUGGUGAUGGAAGGAAUGAUUCUCCAGGUCAUUGUGCAAAAUACUGUGUGUAUUUACUAAUGGAGCAAUUUCUUGAUGUCAUUGUUGAUAUUGAAGUGACAGAUAAGAGAGAAACAGGUGGU